GCUCAAAAUGAUAUCUGCCACCUAUCUAUUGACAGCCGUCGCUGUCUUGGCGGUCACAGUGUUGUUUUGGAUUAGCCGUCGACGGUACAAAUUACCACCGGGGCCUAUUGGCCUUCCGUUUCUGGGAUACGCACCGUUUCUCAGCGAUGACUCCUACAAAGAUUUCUACGAGUUGAGCAAAAAAUAUGGAAAUGUUUUCAGCCUGUACCUGGGUAGAUCCUUGUUUGUUAUCCUCAAUGAUUUCAAAUCGGUCAAAGAAGCCUUCAAUCAGGCUGCGGCAUUGGAUCGCCCAGCCCAUGCAUUCGACGCCAUGCCCGACAAAAUAGGUUUUGCGGGACAUAAUGGCGAAGAAUGGAUUGAACAAAGAAGAUACACCAUGAGGGCCAUGAGAGAUAUAGGCAUGGGCAAAGGAGAGUUCGACAAGAAUCUAGAGGAUGAAGUACGAGAAUUUGUAAGCUUCGUGGAACAGAAUGCAGGCAGGCCCUACGACCCUUACGAUGCUCUUUCGGCCAGCGUCUCCAACAACAUCACCACCCUGAUCUUCGGAAAACGCCUCCCCAUGGGCGACCCCGGGAGACAAUUAAUGAACGAGGGUGUGGAGGCGGCCGCCCAGUCCUUCAAACCGGGAGGACUCGCCAACCUCGCCCCAAGCCUCUUGAGAUUCUUGGCUGCCAUCGGCUUGACAUCCCACGCUAAAUACAGGAAGCAGAUGUUGGCCUUCAAUCAAUACCUGAAAAAAGAAAUAGAAAAACGAAGAAAGCAUCUGAAUGAAUCUGGUGGAGAAAUUUUUAUAGACAGUUUCUUAAAAGAAAUAGAGAAAAAUAAAGGAAAACCAACAACCAACUUUCACGAAAAGAACAUGAUUGGCAAUGCACAAGCUCUGGUGAUUGGUGGAAGCGAGACCACGAGGACAUCCCUGCUGUGGCUCCUCAUCGCGCUGGUAGAAUACCCCGAAGUGCAAAAGAAAGUGCAAGAGGAAAUCGACAGUGUCAUCGGCCGAGAGGGGAAGUGUCAUUGGCAGGAAAGAGCCAAACUACCGUACACGUACGCCACUGUCAUGGAAGGGCAGCGGUGGAGGAGUGUCACGCCACUGAAUGUCAUUCACAGUGCCGGCGGUGACUUCAAGAUAGGCGAUUACGAUGUUCCCAAGGGUGCUAACAUCAUUGCCAACAACUGGGCCAUUCACAUGAAUCCAGACAACUGGAAAAGUCCAGAGAAAUUCAUUCCAGAGCGAUUCUUAUUGGAAGACAAGAGUGUCACGAUGCAGAGGCCGGAGAACUACAUACCCUUCUCAGUUGGCAGACGCAGUUGCCCUGGUGAGUUUGUGGCUCUGAUUGAAAUCUUCCAGUACUUGCAAGCUAUCAUGCAGAAAUUUACGGUCCAAGCACCGCACAACAAGAAGAUGGACGUAUCUGGAGAAUUUGGAACCGUAUUUCAGCCUCAUAGACAGGAGUUCCUGUUCUUAAUCAGAGAUUAAGAAAAAAGGGUCAUUUUGAGCCAUGAAUCUUCGUAUCAUUUGCCAUUCUCUUCACUUUGUUGCUUCCCUUCCAUUCCUUCGG